UACCAAGCAAUUGCAAAUAAUAAAUAAACUAAUAAAUAUGUCAUUUUCAAAAGUGGGCAAAUGCUGUACAAGCACACCCUCAAAGACGUAUCCGCUUCGCGUACCAGAACUGUUAGCUGACUUGGGCCUAUCGCCUUGGAGUUGGGGGAACAGAACCCCCAUUAAUGUGCCCAGGAGUGUUGAUCUCAUGCCCAUGCGCACAAGGGAGAUUGAGCUUCGUUGGCCGUCAACAAAGCCGUCCACCACAUCGAAAUUGGGAAACGUUAACGAAAACAGGACUCAUCUUAAGGUUCCUGGUUGGAGAGGCCCUGCGUCCAAGCCCGGAAAUGAGACUAAAAUAAGGCGAAGUCUGUUUGUAGUCGAACGACACGCGGUUACACCACAAAGGGACACUCAGUGGAUACAAGAUACAACAGAACGCAUUGAGGCCUACUUGAAGCAACUGGGCAUUCGCCAAACACUCUUCCACGGAAGUUUGCGACAAAUGUCUACGAAACAAUUUGUGGCAGUAGUUAAUCAUUUCCUACGCUGCGCAGGGUGUACGCAAAUUGCGCUAGAUAAGGGAAAUCACAUUGAAAGCUUAUUGGUUGCACUGCGGCAGCUUCGAUAUCCUCAUAAGGUUAACAGAUCUUGGCUCUUGACGCCAACUGUAACGCAUUGUUUUGGCUAUGUACUAAUGAUGCUCGACUUCCUCAUGGAUUUCGCGCCUCCUCCAGAGGCGGAUUCACAGGCCGAAUUUGCAUUUACAGAAGACACGCUGGACGAGUUCAUUUUUGGCAAGGCCGUGAAGUUGUUCCCUAUAUAUCAGGCGAACAAAUCGAAGCUGUGCGAUAUCUUGGACCAGGAUAGCGAACUUGCGGAAAUGAAGUCAAAAAGCCUUGAGCUAAAACAGCUGAAGGCAGAAGAGAGCGGGUUAGAUGCAGAUAUUAUGUCGCGCAGCAAGGAGCUGCAACAACUAAGGGAAAAAUUAAAGACUCUACAAACAGAGCUUCUUCAAUGUAAAUAUCUCUUGCAAGCGGGUAGCGUGAAGUGCAAAGGCAGUGAGCACUUGUUGAAAACUAAGGACAACAUACUACAGAGCACAUGUUCAGAACCUGAAUACCAGAAACAAGAAGUAGCGCAACCGACAACUUGCUCUUUGGAGAAGCUUUACCAGCUUAAGGACGAGCUGCAGAUGUGUCGUCGUGUGCGCCAAGAGCUUUGUGAGCGCGAUCAUUUACAAAAAUUGCAGUUGCGACGUGCUCGCAAGGAAUUGCUCACCAGCAUCGAGGCAUUCAAUGUGCGCAUGCGUGAUCUAAUUUAUUCGUCGAGGUGGAGAGUUAGUAGCUCUUUGCAACUGGAAUUACCUAUACAUCCAACUCGGGAAGAUGUUGCUCAACGCCAUAAACUGUUGCAGCUAUUGCGCAGCAAAAUGGAUAUAGAAUCAAGUGCUGUUAAAACUAAAAUCGGCACCGAUUUAUCAAAAGCAAAUCAUGCUGCAUAAACACAUAUACAUAUAUAUAUAUACUUUCCCUCCCUUUUUGCAUAACAAUAUGAAGAUUUGUCUUAUUUUAAUGUGCCAAUACAUUGAUCUCCUUUUUGUGAAAAGCUUUACUCCAUGAGGAAAUGAAUAUCUACUAUAAAAAGUAGGACGUAAAGGUCUAGUAAGCCCGUUACAGAAAACGUUUAAUUAUAUGUGGUUGUGAUGGUGAUAAGUUUUUGGUACGAAAAUCAAGAAUUAUCAAAUUAUACUUGUAUAUUAAAUUAGCUUAAGAUAUCUUAAACAAGCAAUUGUACCAGUAGGAGUUAUUUUUCCUUCCAUGGACAUCGGUGUAUUAAAUAAUAAUGUUAUAUAAGGCUUGAAAUAAAUCGGUGUGCGUAUAAUUAAGGCAAGUUAUCUAAGUUUUAUGGUCAAGGGUGUUAGGCCAACUAAGCUACCAAGCUCUUAUGAAGGCAAGUUGAAUUGACAAUUGAAAGUAUAUGCUGGAAACUCAGACAAUAGGAUGUUCUGGUGAAAUUGUGCAAUGGAGUGGAGUUUAAAAGCUCAUUACCAAAGGAA